AUGUUUGUUUUUGUUGGCAAAGCCUUCACCAAAAGAGGUGUAAAAUGUGGCGGUAUCUUAUCCGCAAGCGCAGGUAACAUUUCCAGCCCCAACUUUCCUGGCGUGUACCCCUACAACAUAGAAUGUGUUUGGCUGAUCGUGGUGUCAGAGGGCUCCUCGGUGCUUCUCACAUUUCACAACUUUCAACUGGAGUACCACGCCAAUUGCUCUUAUGACUACAUCAAAAUCUACAACGGCGUCUCCGAGGAUGAGGGCAACCUCCUGGGGAAGUUCUGUGGGGACGUGUCCCCUCCCCAGUUUAGUUCCUCGUGGAAUGUCAUGUCAAUCAUCUUCCACUCAGACCGUCAUGUGGCUCACAGAGGAUUCUCGGUGGGCUACAGGAAAGAUAUGUGUGGCGGCGUUUUGACUGGUUUAUCUGGGAUCAUCUCAAGCCCAGGUUACCCACAGGACUAUAGUAAUAGUGCAGACUGCUCCUGGACUGUGCAUGUUUCUAACCGUAGCGUGGUUAGCUUGGUUUUCUUGGACUUCCAGCUGGAGAACAAUGAGGGCUGUAACUUUGACUAUGUGGCCCUUUUUGAUGGCCCCACAACAAAGCACAAGCAUCUGGGGAACUACUGCGGGAGUGACAGACCUCCAGACACCAUCACUACCUCAAACCAACUGCUUGUUGUUUUCAAAUCUGACUUCAACAUCGGAGGAAGAGGAUUUAAGGCAUAUUACUACUCAGCUGAAUGCCAGCAAAUUCUAACCUCCAUCAGUGGCAACUUUACCAGUCCAAACUAUCCGAGCAUCUAUCCAAACAACAUAAACUGUCACUGGACUAUUACCCUGUCUGCUGGAUACAGAGUCAAGCUGUCCUUCCCAGUCAUAGAGCUGGAGGAUGAGAACAGCCUUACUGCCGUUUGUGAUUACGACUCUGUGGCUGUAUAUGACGGGAGCAGUGAGUCAGACCCUUUGCUAGGCCGCUGGUGCGGCUCAGAGCAACCUCCCUCAGUACUCUCGAAGAGCAACAAACUGUUGGUGGUCCUCACCACCGACCGAAACUAUGCUUUUAAGGGUUUCUUCGCCUCCUAUAUAGGAGUGGUGCCCAUCAACAUCAGCUGCACGAGAAGUGAGUUUCAGAUCCAGAUCUCCCGUCUGUCUUUACCCCCUUUGGACGAUGAGAGCAUUUACUUGGGGAACCCUUCAUGUCCGGCCCAGAUCACACCAACAGCCUAUAAAAUACUGGCUCGCUUUGAUGGCAUCUGUGGAACAGCUGGUCAGAAACGACAGAACAUCACAAUGCUAGUCAACAGCCUCUACAUUGACCUCUCGGAUGGGAAGAAGCAAAACGUGCAAGAGUACGAGGUACAGUGCGACGCCCAGAGAAAGUUGGCUUAUGUCAACAUAAUUUCCAUCGAGGAGCGAAACCGGAUGAAUGAAUUGGCUCGCCUCGCCCUGGAGUCAAUCAGCCAGGGAGAUGGCGGGAGUGGAAACAGUGAGCCACAUGAAACCAGUGACAUCGUCUUCAUCAGCAUCUGUGUGAUGGCUGUUAUCCUGAUGCUGAUUGCUAUUGUUUGGCUUGUGUUGCUAUGAGAUCAUCUGCAUCUUCGUCAUACAAGAGAAAA